AUGCGGCCCUUGUCACUGGUCAGUCGGGCCAGUGGCGAUCGGGUCGCACCCGCUGAUACUCUAGAGCCGAUUGCUAUUGUCGGCCUGGCCACUCAUUUCUCACAGGAUGCAGCCACUACCGAAGAUCUAUGGCAAUUACUAUUGGAAGCACGCUCAACUUGGUCUUCCAUUCCCAAGGAACGGUUCAAUUCUGAUGCGUUCUAUCACCCAGAUCCGGAACAUGGAGGCACGUUCCACGUCCAAGCAGGGCAUUUCCUCUCUGAAGAUCCGGCAUUCUUCGACGCGCCGUUCUUCAACGUUUCCAAGAAUGAACUUUUGACCUUGGAUCCGCAACAGCGGUUGGUCCUGGAGAAUGUGUAUCACGCCCUGGAAAACGCUGGUAUUCCCAUGGAGAGUGCCUUGGGAUCCAAUACGUCCGUUUUUGUCAGCGGCUUCAAUCAUGACUACCUCGGGAUUCUCAAUUCAGACCCAGAAACUGCGGUUAAGUAUAAGCCAACCGGGGUAACGAAUGCCACCCUCUCAAACAGAGUCAGCUGGUUCUUCAACUUCAAAGGAUCCAGUAUGACCAUUGACACAGCAUGCUCCAGUAGUCUGGUAGCAUUGCACCUCGCGGUGCAAAGUCUGCGAGCCCGAGAGACCAACACAGCCGUUGUCAGCGGUGUCAGCGUUUUAGAGAACCCUGUCGAGACAAUCGGAAUGGCCCAUCACGGUCUGCUUGGAGCUCAAGGGCGCUCUUUCAGUUUCGAUGCUCGUGCUGAAGGUUACGCCCGCGGGGAGGGUGUUGGCACUGUAAUCCUGAAGCCAUUGCACGCUGCGGUGCGAGAUGGCGAUACUAUCCGCGCCGUCAUUCGGGAGACCGGCGUCAACCAGGAUGGUCGCACGCCUGGAAUCACAGUACCAAGUGCCGAUGCACAAGAGAGACUUAUCAGAGAAGUCUACUGGAGAGCCGGACUGGACAUGGAGCAGACCAGGUUUGUUGAGGCACACGGCACUGGCACCAGCACUGGCGAUCCCAUAGAGGCAGAAGCUUUGUCAAAAGCAUUCAAAUGCCGUCGCAAUGGUCCUCUUUAUGUUGGUUCAGUCAAGUCUACCAUUGGACAUUUGGAGGGGGGAUCAGGGAUAGCCAGCAUCAUCAAGUCUGUCCUUGUUCUUGAGUCGGGAAUCAUUCCUGCCAAUCAUGGUCUGCGAGAGAUUAAUCCCAAGAUCCCUGUCAAAGAUUGGAACAUCGAAUUUCCAACUCGGAAAACCCCAUGGCCAUCAAAGGGACUGCGCAGAGCGUCCGUGAAUUCCUUCGGUAUCGGAGGCACCAAUGCUCACUGUGUGUUGGAUGAUGCCUACCACUAUCUCCAGGAACGCAGAAUCUCGGCAAAUCAUCACACAACACCUACUGUCCCGCGCACUGCAAAGAUUCUGUCAAGGCGACCGUCAGGGUCUGGAUAUGAGACUUAUGACAGUUACAGCCACUCCGAUUCUGCAGACGAAAGCGACCAUUCGGGGAGUGAAUUUGUGUUCGUGGACACGCCCACUAGCGAAGCUUUCUGUACCUCGCCUGGCUUUGGACCCCCAGACUUCAGUAGUCUGAUUGAGGUUCCUCGUCUUUUCUUGAUGUCUGCCUUUGACGAAGAUGGUGUGAGACGGAACGCCUCUGCAUAUGCCAGUUACUUGAACAAGAAACUAAAACGUCCACAACCAACUGACCAACUGCUUGAUGACCUGUCUCUAACCCUUUCUCGCCACCGAUCGCUCUUCCCAUGGAAGGUUUUUGUAACAGCAUCCACGGUUAAACAGCUUGCAUGGACACUGGCGGAUUCUGACUUCUCAAGCGUGACAAGGACGGUCACGGCACCGGAAAUCUGCUUCGUUUUUACCGGGCAGGGUGCACAAUACCAAGCGAUGGGUCGGGCGUUGAUGGCUUAUCCAGUAUUCAAAGAGUCAUUGGAAGAAGCCUCGGAGCAUAUCCACAGGCUUGGAAGCCCCUGGUUCUUGAUUGAGGAGCUCUUUGCCGAAGAAAAGUCGACACGGAUCAACCUUCCUGAAAUCUCCCAACCAGUCUGUACAGCAUUGCAGGUAGCAUUGGUUGAUCUCCUGGCAAGCUGGAGGAUAUUUCCAAAAUACGUGACUGGUCACUCCUCUGGAGAAAUUGCAGCUGCCUACUGUGCGGGUAAGCUAUCGCGUGAGGCCGCUUGGAAGGUUUCAUACUUCCGUGGUUAUGUCUCAUCCAAGCAAUUUGCCGCCAACGGCGCAAUGAUGGCUGUUGGUCUGAGUGGAUCCCGCCUUGAAGCAUAUCUUGAUGCAGUUCGCAAGAAUUUGAAAGGGGAACUCAUCAUUGCUUGUCACAACAGUCCGAAGAACAACACAGUCUCUGGUGACGAGGCCCUGGUUGACGCACUAAAAGAGCUCUUGGAUGCUGAUGGGGUAUUUGCGCGGAAACUCAAUGUUCAAAAUGCAUACCACUCUGCUCACAUGGAAGCGAUUGCCCCAGAGUAUCUCUACCUUAUGGGUUCACUCAACACUGGAAGUCGGUUAGCCACGCCACAUUUGGUGCAUAUGUUCUCCACUGUGACUGGUGAAGAGGUCCAGCAAGAGCAUCUUGAUGGUCAGUACUGGGUGAAUAACAUGGUUUCGCCUGUCAAAUUUACCACUGGCCUGAGCAAAUUGCAUUCGCGGGCAAUGAUAGAUGGAUCCAGUGAUGGCAAUCUUCACAUCCUUGAGGUCGGACCUCAUUCGACACUACAAAGCGCCAUCAAAGAGACACUGGGUUUGAGCAAGGACCAGUCAAAUGUGAAAUAUCUGAGUCUACUGAAGCGAAAUGAUCAUACGCUGAAUGUUCUACUCAACGCUGUUGGGUCUCUGGCAGUCAAUGGCUAUCCGCUGGACUUGCACAAGAUCAAUCUCGCCUCUCGGUCUCAAAGAAGGAGACAGCCCCAGGUUCUGGUUGACUUGCCUCCAUAUAGCUUCAAGCACACAGAGAAGGUUCUCUACGAGAGUAGAUUGAGCAGAAACUUGCGGAACAGGAAGUAUCCUCGUCAUGAUCUUUUCGGUGCUCCAGUCACGGAUUGGGAUCCCAAUUUCCCAAGAUGGAGACAUUUCGUUCGGUUAGAAGAGAACCCAUGGCUACGGGAUCACAUGGUCACGGGAAAUUAUGUCUAUCCAGGUGUCGGUUUUCUAGUCAUGGCAAUCGAGGCCUGUCGGCAGUUGGCCGGUGAUGCAAAGCUCAACGGCUUUCAACUACGCCAUAUUUCCAUUCACAGAGCCUUGAUUAUUCCGGAUACGAAACAAGGUAUUGAAAUCAGUCUAUCGAUGACACCGACAGAGCCAUCAUCUGAAACCAGAUCUUGGCGUCGCUUCCAUAUCAGCUCCUACAAUGAGUCGAGCGAUACAUGGACUGAGCACUGCUCUGGUGAUAUCGCUGUUGAAUCUGCCAAGAUUGCAGAUCCGAUUGACAAUGGUCGCGAAGCGAAGGCAGAAGUGCAAGCCCAGUUGGAAGCAUUCAGACAGGCCGAGGAUGACUGUACCCGAUCUAUGAAUUUCCCGAUGAUCUACAAGAAUCUCCAGAGAGAGGGCCUCGACUUCGGACCUCUCUUCCAGAACCUUGGUGAUGUGCGUGUUAGCGGCUCGGGGUCGGGUACUAUGACAGGCACUGUGUCUACUCCUGAUAUUGCCAAGUCAAUGCCAAAGCAGUACAUGCAUUCUCAUUUGAUCCAUCCCGCCACCAUGGACAGUAUGAUCCACAUGAUGAUCGCGGCAGUGAUUGAUUUCAAUGGGAAAAACUCCCUUGACUCGAUCCGGCUCCCAACAUUCAUUCGCAAUAUGUGGGUUUCAGCCGACAUUGACUCGUCGCCGAAGCAUGAAUUCAUGGGGCAUGCAUCUGUCUGCCUCUCAGGGGCUGGCAAGUUCCAAGGCCGCAUACAGGUAUUCGAUGCCGACACCAAAGGGCACCGCAUCGCGAUGAAUGACAUUGAACUCACUCCUUUGGACUCGCGAUCCGAAGACACUCCCAAGCGUCAACUAUGCACUCUGGUUGACUGGAAGCCCGAUGUCCAUUUUCUCAAUUCCAAGUCUGCCUGUGAUCUGGUUCCACUUGAGAAAGCCGGUAAUAGCGAGGAUCGAUUGUGGAUUCAGCGGCUUCAACUUGCAACAAUGCUUCAUGUCAUGGAUGCACUGCAUGAGCUCAAGGACCUCGAUAUCACCACACUUGAUCUACAUCUACGCAGAUUUCACGACUGGAUGAAGCACAUGCGAGAGAAGCUGCAGAACGACGCCAUCAUCCACCUGCCCCACUCCAAGUUCCGCGAGUUAGCCCACGACAAGUCACUGAAAGAAUCCCUCUAUAGGGAGGUUGAAGGACACAGCGCCGAAGGGGCCAUCACCAUCCGAAUGGGCCGCAACAUUGUCGGUGUCAUGCGAAACGAGAUUAACCCUCUCCAUCUCAUGUUCGGACAAGACAAUAUCAUGGAGGAUGUGUACAAGGAGGGUCUUCAGCUGUACAACUUGCCCAGGUAUCUGCAGAACCACCUCACUCUCCUUCGUCACAAAUACUCUAGUAUGAAUAUUCUGGAAGUUGGAGGUGGAACCGGCAGCUUCACAGCAGAAAUUCUCGCUGUACUUUCACCCGAAUCGGACCCCGCCAAAGGAAGCAUUGCAAGCUACACGUUCACCGAUAUCUCAUCCGGCUUCUUCGAUAAAGCCAAAAGAAGAUUCCAACCAUGGAACAGCAUCAUGGAUCUCAAGACAAUGGAUAUUGGUAGAAAUCCCGUCGAACAAGGUUUUCAGUCUGGCACUUACGACUUGAUCUUCGCGGGGAACGUUAUCCACGCCACUGCGGAUUUGCAAAAUGCCCUGUGCAAUCUCAGAUCUCUUCUUCGACCUGGUGGUCAAUUGAUCAUGCAAGAGGGGAUUCGACAGGAUUUCCUAUGGUACCCGCUUGUCUUUGGCCAGCUUCCUGGGUGGUGGCUUGGCAAUGAGCCCACGCGACAAUGGUGUCCAUACAUUCCAUCCUGUGAAUGGAACAAGCUUCUCGCCGGCGCUGGGUUUUCGGGUGUUGAUAUCGAAUACCCCAGUUCUACUGAAGAGGAUUUGACGUGGCAAAGCAUCCUUGUCUCGACUGCCGUUACUCCGCCAAAUGUGCCUUCCCAAGACAUCUUUAUCCUUACGACGGGGUCAUCAACAAGCGCGGAUGCAGUCACAAACCUUCAAGAUGUUCUCCGGCAAAAUGGAGAAUGCCGGAAUGUGUCUGUGAUAGAGCCGUCAGGACUCAACCGCGUCACUGGAUCCAACUCGCUUUACAUCUCGUUGAUUGAUUUGGAAAUCCCGUAUCUUUCAGACGUCAAGGAAGAGGACUUCGUUGCAUUGAGGUCAAUGCUCAUGGAAUGUCUAAAUAUCCUCUGGGUGACUCCAAACCCUUCCGCCCAACCCUUGACCAGUAUGAGCAUGGGUCUGCUUCGGACAGUCCGAUGGGAACGCGAUGCAGAUGGCUCGAAUAUAGUGACAUUGGACCUCGAUUCCUCAGUAACUAGCGGAAGAGACCUGGCCUUAUGGAUCGAAAGGAUCGUCGAAUAUCAAUUUUCGGCAACUGUGGCAGCCGACCGUCAUGCCGAGUACCGCCUGCGAGAUGGAACUCUCGAAGUUGGUCGCUUGCGCGAGUGGCAAGAACCAGAUGAUUUCCUCGCUGCGCAGGCGUCAAGUUCAAGACCGGAACUAAAGCGCCUUGGAGAGAUCGAUCGUCCCAUGGAUUUGAACCUCUCAAGCCUUGGCACACAGAACCCUUAUUGGUCAACAGAUACAUCCUGUGAAGGUCCUAUUCAGAGCACGGAAAUCGAGGUUGAAGUUCGUGCCGUGGGUCUCAAUCCGGAUAGCAACAGUCUCAAUCCCUCAAACGAAGCUGCUGGCGUGGUAAAACGCGUUGGAUCAGGGGUGGAAGACCUCGCUCCAGGUGAUCACGUCGUCUUUCUCACCGGCGACAAACGCAAGAGUUGCUUCAGGACUGUCGCGCGACUUGAUCAAAGACUGGCCGCCAAGAUCCCCACAGGAAUGUCGUUUGAUGUUGCUGCUAGCUUCCCCUCUGUCUUUGUCACUGCCCUCUACGGACUAGUAAAUGUGGCAAGAUUAUCCCAAUCCCAGACUGUCUUGAUUCAUGACGGAGCAAGUCCUCUUGGUCAGGCUGCCAUCCAGUAUGCCAUGACAAUCGGCGCAAUGAUAUUCACAACUGUGUCGACAGUGGAAGAUCGACACUUCCUCACCUCUCAGUAUGGAGUACCUGAGGACCAAGUCUUCUCCCAACAGAUUGACAGCUUUACUCGCGGUGUCAUGAGAUACACACAUGGCGCAGGAGCUGAUGUCGUUUUCGAUACUUUGGCUGGUGAGAGUCUACAAGAGUCCUUGGCUUGUGUGGCUCCUUUUGGGAGCUUCCUUCAUGUCGGCAAAAAUGGGAAGCUCAAUAAAACCAUGCUCGACCUUUCUUCGGUGCGGUCCAACGUGACCAUCACCAACCUUGAUAUUUCUUCCUUGGCUCAGCACCGGCCGAAUUUGAUCGGAGAUCUGCUGGAGAAGGCCAUGGAUUUGUACAAUGAAGGUGGGAUUAAUGAGACUCAACCCUUGAUUGUCAAGGAUUUCACCAAAAUCGGUGAACACGAUCAGGCCCUGGACAGCAGCAAGGGAAGAGUUGGAAAGGUCGUGUUCAAAUACGAUCCUUCUGAUCCCAUCCCCGUGAUCCCUGAUGCACCAUCGCCAUACCAAUUUGACAGCGAGGCUUCUUAUGUUCUUGCGGGUGGACUGGGUGGUUUAGGCCGCAGUCUGGCCCGAUGGAUGGCAGCCCGUGGCGCGAAGAGCGUCGUUUUCCUUUCCCGUUCAGGUCGUGUAUCCCCACCUGUAACGGAAAUGCUGGACGAUUUGAAAGGCGCUGGUUGCAAGGCCCGCAUUUUUAUAUGCGACGUUGCCAAUGUCGAUCACGUCAAGUCUGUCGUCGAGGAUUGUGCAGCCUCUCUCCCUCCUAUCAAAGGGUGUAUCCAGUGCUCUAUGACUUUGCGGGAUGGCGCUUUCGCGAGUAUGUCCGUGAGUGAUUGGCAGACUGCGAUCACACCCAAGGUCCAAGGCUCCUGGAACUUGCAUGAGCUCCUACCGACCAACAUGGACUUUUUCGUCAUGCUUUCUUCGGUCGCAGGUAUCUUCGGUAAUCGUGGCCAGGCCAAUUAUGCCGCAGGAAACACUUUCCAAGAUGCCCUCGCUGCAUACCGUACUGCACAAGGAAUGAACACAUACAGCCUCGACUUGGGCAGCGUAUCGAAUGUCGGCUGGGUGGCAGAGAACAAAGAAUCAAUGCGUACUCAAACAGCUACGUUGUUCGAGCUACUCCAGGAAGAUGAAGUUCACGGUGCCAUUGAAUUCCUCAUUGAUCCAAGAUAUCAGAAGAUCAGCCAUCACCCAUCUACACCCCAGUCACAGCUGGUGCUGGGCCUCCCAACGGCGGAAUUAUGUCAACAAAAUGGCAUUCCGCCACCAACAUACCUCAACUACUCUCUCUUCACCCACCAACGCACCAUUUUCACUGCAAAAGCUGCAGAAUCGGUUGACCAAAAAACAAUCAGCACUGCAGUUCUUCUAAGCUCAGUGUCCUCGGUCGACGACGCAGUUUCCAUGGUAUCUAAUGGAAUUGUCGAGAGACUCUCCUCCCUUCUUUCAAUACCGAUGUCAGACCUUGACCUUCAGAGAUUCGGAUUCGGGGCCAUCGACUCACUAGUCGCAAUGGAGUUCCGCUCUUGGAUUGUCAAGGAGCUGAAAGCUGAUGUCUCUCUUUUGGAUAUCAUGGGUGCCCAGAAUAUCCGCUCUCUCAGUGAGAAGAUUACGAAGACAACUCGCCUUCUGGGUGAUCGUUCAACUUAG